AGCACUGUCAAUCCGCCCGAAAUUCGUCGCAGGCAAGCUUGUCGAGGUUCCCGAUGGUUACUCGCGCGCCUCAUAAGUCGCACCGCAGCUUGGAGUCUUCGGCUCGGUUUCCGUCGUACACCUCAUGGAAGUCGCAAGAUUAAUCGAUCCCGAACGACAUGAUGGUAUUAUAGCUGUACCAUGCCUGCCCUCCCCGUAUUUCCCCCGCCGUCAAGUUUCCGCCUGGGCUUGCGGACGGUAGUAGGCAAUGCUGGGAAGUUCCUGAGCUGCUCGGCUCCUCCAUCCUUCGCGGCGAGACGUCCCCCGCUCAAAUUGUGUUUCCAAUACAGCGCCAAGGUGCCCAUCGGCCCUUCGACGAUUCUGAAGAAGCACUAUUCGCAAACACCUACCCCACCCCAGACGCCCGGUCGAACAUUUUCACGGUUCCGCGCGAUUACGCAUUACUCACACCUGCCCGAGGAUUAUGAAGACCCUACGGGACUCCCAUUUCGAAAGGAGGAUCUCCGGCAGAGAGAAGUGAACGCGAUAUUCGGAGCGCACCUCCCCGCUGACAGGGCCAACAAGCUUCUGCGCAUCUUGCACGGCCGGCGAGUAGCGGGGACGCUAGAUGACCCUGUUCUCCAGCUGAACACGGAUUCUUUUAAAAAAUCCGAUAUGGAAAAAGCCUUGCGCUACCUGCGUGCGAACGUUCCUGUAGAUGAGGUCAUCAACGCCGGCCUGCGGGCGGAAGACGAGCUCCAAUAUCUAGACGCGCGGGAACACGGGGAGGAGGGCUUCGAUAUAGUCAUACGGGUCGAAAAACCAACCCCGUCAAGCCCAUCAUCGCAAAAAGCGAAGGAUGUGAACGCGGCGCCGCAAAGUGCCAAAGGCCCAACCGGCAGGCUUCCGCUGCCGCGGCGCAAAUCCGACUCGCCCUACGGGGAGAGUUCGUUCGACCGCAUCCGCGCGGCCAACAUCGCGAAGCGCGAGGCCGAGGAGAUGCGGCUCGAGGAGGAGCGGAAGAAACGCGAGGAAGAGGAGGCGAAGGGCAACAUCGGAACCCUGCAGACCCAGCAACAGAAGCCCCGGGAGAUGAGUCCGUUCGUGAAGAAGUACAUGGAGCGCGCGACAUCAGAACUGACGGAGCCGCCCCGCAUGACGGCCUGGGAGCGCCUGCUGCCUUCGUUUGCGUUGACGGUACUGGUCUGUCUCGGGUGUGCCGCGUUCGCCGUCACAUACAAGCCUCCCAAGCGGUCGUCGCGGUUGUGGCCGGACAUCCCACCCGCGGCGGCGACCUGCCUCGGCCUCAUGGGGCUGAACCUGGUGGUCUGGAUGUGCUGGAGGGUGCCGCCGCUGUGGGCGCUGCUCAACCGGUACUUCAUCGUGGUGGUGGCGACACCGCGGCCGCUGCAGCUGGUCGGGGCGAUGUUCUCGCACCACAAACUCGGCCACGCGGCGCUGAACAUGAUGGUGCUCUGGUUCUUCGGCACGCGGCUGCACGACGAGGUGGGACGCGGCGGGUUCUUGGCGAUAUACUUCGCGUCAGGGACCCUGGGGUUCAUGACGAGCCUGACGUCCCUCGUGCUGCGGCGCGGGUUCGAGUACACGUCUCUGGGGGCGUCAGGGGCCGUGUACGGGAUCGUGACAGCCUUCUUCUGGCUGCACCGCUUCGACGAGUUCAAGCUAUUCGGCUACCCGCCCGACCCGAUGUCGGGCCCGCAGGGCCUCGCCUUCAUCGGUCUCAUCCUCGGUAUGCACCUCCUCCCGCUGAUCGCGCGCCGCCCGCACAGCAUCGACAUCCCGUCGCACUUCGGCGGCAUCGCGGCCGGGUGGGCUGGGGCUGAGUUCCUCCGCCGCCGGAUGGACGCGAAGGCGCGGGCCCGCGCCGAGAGACUGAAGAUUGCCGACACGCAGGUAAGGGAACCGGAACAGGACGCUGCACCACCGGCUGCCAACCGCUGAGCGCUGCUCAUUAAUGACAGUCUGACUUGCGGAAUACUAAUCUGCGGGGCAUCGGGGC